UUUCGGUUUUUUGUUUUUCCUCCCUUCCAGUUACUAACCCUUUUUUCUUCCUCUGUUACAGGGUUCUUCUCUUUGUGCUUGCGGUUCUCAGUAAGGACUUCAACACGGAAAUAAGUACCCAAACAGGAGUGGAAUACGGGGGAGGCAUAUUUGGUGAAGUGCUGGGCUGUGCAUGGUUUCUGUUGGUUCGAGAGCUUUACAAUCUAACCGGGGAUAGCUUAAUGGGUGAGGAGGAUCAUCAAUCUUAUAAUCAUGGUGGAAGGAAAAGGGGCAAGGGAAGGAAGGCCAACAGAGAAGGUUUUGGUUUUGAUAAGGAUAAUUCUAACAAAACUGUGUCAGGGCAUUCUACCAAUGCAACUGUGAAAGGUAAAAAUUCCUCCAAAUAUCAUCGCGCUUCAGAGUCACAAACAACCUUUAUCAGAAAGCAGAUUGAUCCAGAAACUACAAAAUACUUUUCUGAAAUUGCAAAUCUUUUUGAAAGUAAUGAGGUUGACUUGGAGGAGCGAUCCUUUAUGUGUGGCAAUGCUCUUGAAGAAGCGAGAGGGAAAGAGCUAGAACUUGCAACUGAUUAUAUCUUAAGCCACACUUUGCAAACUCUGCUUGAGGGUUGUGAUGUGGACCACCUUUGUGGUUUCAUUAAAAGUUGUGCAAAGGUCUUUCCUACCAUUGUUAUGGACAGAUCUGGUUCUCAUGUAUCAGAAACAGCUUUGAAGUCAUUAGCCAUGCAUCUGCAGGACUCAGAGGCUUAUUCUGUUAUUGAAGAGACUGUAUCUCUGAUAUGCAAGGUGAUUGUAGCCAAUCCUGUUGAUGUAAUGUGUAACUGCUAUGGGUCUCAUGUUCUUCGGACGCUUCUUUGUCUUUGUAAAGGAGUACCUUUGGAUUCCUCCGAACUUCAUGGGGCAAAGUCAUCAAAAGUACUAGCGACACGGUUGAAUCUCAAUGUUUCUAGAUUGGAGGGGAAUGACUCACAACAGUCUCAUAAGGGUUUCCACAUUUAUAGUCUCAAGAAUUCAUUGUUUGAGCUUUCAUCUCAUCAUUGCGGAAUUGUUGUUCAAGCAUUAGCUUCGCGAGCAAGAAAUCAAGAUCAAAUGGAGUUGAUAUGGAAGGAACUGGGUACAAGAUUUAAAGAUCUUCUUGAAAUGGGGAAAUCGGGAGUUAUUGCUUCUCUUAUUGCUGCUAGCCAAAGACUUAAUUCCCAUGAGCAUAAGUGUUGUCAGGCUCUCGCUGCUGCAGUUUGUUCAACAAACGAGCCUCCUAAAUGCAUUGUUCCUCGAAUAUUAUUUCUUGAUAGUUAUUUUUGUUCUGAAGACAAGUCUGAGUGGAAUUGGUCGAGUGGGCUUAAGAUGCAUGUCAUGGGUUCUCUGAUUCUGCAGGAGAUUUUUAAAUUCCAUCGAGAUCAUAUACAGCCUUACAUUACAAGUAUUACAUCUAUGGAAGCUGAACAUGUCUAUGAAGCAGCAAAAGAUGCUGGUGGAGCACGUGUUCUAGAAGCUUUUCUUGGUUCAAACGCUUCUGUAAAACAGAAAUGCAGAUUAGUUAUGAAGCUGCGUUCACAUUUUGGGGAGCUUUCGCUACACCCUUCUGGUUCAUUUACUGUUGAAAGAUGCUUCACUGCUAGUAACAUUUCACUAAGAGAAGCUAUAGCAUCUGAAUUAUUAGCCAUCAGAACUGAGCUCUUGAAGACAAAACAAGGCCCUCAUCUCCUAAGGAAAUUGGAUAUCGAGGGACUGGCGGCCAAACCUGAUCAAUGGAGAUCAAGACAGGCGGCAAAACAAUCAAUGUAUAAAGAAUUUUAUGCUGCAUUUGGCUCUAGUGAAGCAAAAUCAUCCAAAAAGGACAGCUUCCUUUCUGAUACAUCAAAGCAGACGUCACAUCAAAAUGAAUUGAAGAACAUGAGAUCUGAGAUUGAUCAUGACCUGGGUUUAGUUAACAAUCAGAGACCAUUCCUGUCUCAUGAAAAAAUGGGAAAAAAACGACAUAGAAAGGAUGGGCUGGUAAAAACUUCGAAAAAUAAGUUGAAAGUAUGAAGGUGUUGAUUCUUUCCUUCUCAAUUUUGUUAUAUCUACUACAGCUGCAUUAAGCCAUAGAUUAUGACUGGAUAGACACGUCUUAUGUUGUUUUAUUGUGUUUCUUUAGUUUAUAAGAAGUUACUGGCAUAAUUGAAUACCUUGGUUGGGGUCGAAUAUAUACAUUCCUUGUAGUUCUACAGAAAAUCAUCAUGUAUUCUUUUUACAUAAAAAGUAACAUGUAAGCUUACAUUAAGCAUAACUCAACAGUUUAUGGUGGCAAAAUUCAUAAACAUAAUACAUGUACUGCAGUGUGUUUGGCCUUUGAA